UGUGCGGAGUAGGAGAAGCGCGUUUUUUUGUUUCAUCAUAAAACAAGUCAGCGGCGUUGCGGUUGCAGUUUGGCCACAAUGUUUCUGCAAUACUACAUCAAUGAACAAGGGGAGAGAGUCUAUACUCUGAAGAAAAUGGAUCCGUCCGGCCAGCCAACAUGUUCGGCCCACCCUGCCCGCUUCUCUCCUGAUGACAAAUAUUCUCGACACAGGAUCACCAUCAAGAAACGCUUUGGUGUCCUGAUGACCCAGCAGCCUCGGCCUGUGGUUUAAGUUACAAAGGCGGCGAGAUAAGCUUUGAGAGCAGCUUUGAAGAAGCAGAGGAAGACGAAGAAUACCUGACAAUCUGCAUUCUGCCGUCCACAUGGUGGUCUCACUUUGCUGAUGUUUUUUUCAAACUUGACUUAAUUCUGUGGAUGAGAAAUUAAUGAUACCCUGGAAGCAAGAGAAAAUUAUUCACUGGUUUUUUUUUCUGGUUAUGUAAUUCUGGAAAUAAAGUGAGAUUUUUUUCCAUG